AUGACUCGCCUCUUCACAUCACAUGUUCUUGACUUGAACCUUGAUCUUGCAUCCGUCUCCUGUUUCUCUUUCGCCAUCUCUCCCCCUCCGCCACCUCAACGAAGGACUCUGUUCAAACACCACAAGCGAAUUGCCCUCGAAACUCCUACGCCCGGCAAUUAUGGCCGCCGACUGAGCUCCAGCAGCGACGCCCAGCAUGUCCACAGCAGAGAUUCUUCGCUCGAGGGAGGUGUACAGGUAAAGACGACCUGCCCUUCCCGGAAGAAAUCUCCUCACACAGACAGAUACUACCAACCAAAGAGCGUUGACGGUCAUAUCCCAGAGCCUAUUCCCGUCCGCUACGAUCAAGCCCAUGGCCCUCACUUCCUCCCAAAAGUGACUAACUUCAACACCCAGCAGUCCUUCUCCGAUACGGCUCUGACGGCCUUCGCGCAGCUCAUAGCUCUCCGCCUGGCAGCCCAACGAGCCAUCGUCUCUCUCAUCGACCAUGAAAACGAAUACUUCCUCGCCGAAUCUACCAGUACAUUGAGCGUCAGCGACGAUGACGGCGCGCAGAAUGCAUGGCUUUCCAUCAGCGGAGCGCGGGUCGUGCGCGGGCAAUCGCUGUGUGAGCAGACUCUGCGACUGAAGCCUAACCAGGACACAACGGCAGAGAUGACGCCUUGGUAUCUGGUGCCAGAUCUGCAAUUGGAUGAAAAGAUGAGCACGCUUGAUUGCGUCAAGGGUGUGCCAUAUUUGAGGUUCUACUGCGGUGUUCCUUUGACGAAUUUGAAUGGGGUCAACAUCGGCUGUGUUUACGUAGUGGAUGACAGACCGCGGACGGAUUUCUCGCUCGAGCAAGCUCAAUUCAUGACGAAAAUGGCAGCCACGGUUAUGGACCACCUGGAGGGUAUCAGGGCAAAAGAGGAUAUUGUCAGGGUCACGAUGAUGAGCCAGGCUCUGCACGCUUUUAUUGAGGGCGAUGGGACCAUGGAUGGAGACUGGCAGCGACUGAAACGAUACAACCUUCCAUCCGGCGCAGGGGUCGGAUUCCAAUGGCAAACUAAUCGGGACGACGGGACUGGCAGCUUCAGGAACGGCCAGAAACAGCUGGGAAAGAGCCGCAAUCUCUCAGCGCUGGUAGGUACGAGCCCAGUCGAGUCUCCACUACAGCAUACCUUUCCAAGUCCAGAUGCGCGCUUCACCUUCAAUAACUCUCCUUGGUCAUCUUCAUCUGAGGUUCCCCAGGUGCCGCAUCUAAAGUCCGUCUUUCAUGCCAUUGAUGAUCCUGCGAGCCAGCUAGCUGGACGCCAUGAUGAUGAGUUUGCCAAUAAUGGCUUUGCUACACGCCUGCACGAUACCUUCUCACGUGCGUCGAAUCUGGUAAGAGAGGGGAUGGAGGUCGACGGAGCUGUCUUUUUCGAUGCGCCUUUCAGGUUCUAUCAGGGCAGGAGGACUCUCGAAAUGGACCCCCGCCGGUCAGAGGAUCAGGAGUCGUUGGGUGAGUCCGACACUGAUUCGGAACCCGAUACAGAUGACAGGUCCAGGCCCGGCCCGAACCCUUUGAUACUACCAAGUGGCAGUCCCAGCUCCAUGCAUUCCCGCCAUACUACGGCCCCUGAGAGGGGAGGAGCAUCUAGUAAUGUCCCACCUGUGGGCCUCAAGUCAGACAUUUUGGGUUUUUCGACUCGACAUUCUUCGUCAUUAAAUAAUGCGACGAAUCCCCCACGCACGUUCACCGCCAUUGACCAUAGUCUUCUGACUUCCCUCGUCAAAACCUAUCCUUUGGGAGAGCUGUUUGUUUUCGAUAGGGACGGGCCCAUUUCCCUUGACUCUGCCCCGAAUUUCCGUUCCCGCGACUGCUCCGUAGUCACGAUUGUCAACUCGGUUACAGAAGACAAACGAGCUCGCCGUGCCGCUCGCAAACGGGCAGAUAUUCUGCGCCUUCUGGUUGCCUUUCCUGGAGCCCGCCAAAUAUUCUUCGUGCCACUGUAUGAUUCCACCUCGGGAUGCUUCAUAGGGUCGUUUGCCUGGUCUACGUCCGCUACUCGAAUUUUCACUGCUGAAAACCAUCUUUCAUAUUUGAUCGCUUUCGGACAUUCCGUCAUGUCGGAAGUUUCUCGGCUGAACACGCUCAGCGCUGACCGCGCCAAAGGCGACUUUAUUAGCAACGUCAGUCACGAACUGCGAAGUCCGCUGCAUGGAGUCCUUGCUAGUGUGGAAUUCCUGGCCGACACCGUCCUUGACGGAUUUCAGAGAAACCUUGUUGAGACUGUUGAUAUCUGCGGUCGAACAUUGCUCGACACCAUCGAGCACGUUUUAGACUUUAGCAAAAUCAAGGAAUUCGGGCAAGCAAGUGUGCAACCCAUGGGCGUGGUCGCAGAUCUCGAUGUGUCCGCGGUCAUCGAGGAGGUCCUCGAAGGUGUUUACUCUGGCUUUGAGUUCAACGGCCUCGCCUCCGAAGGGUUGGCAGACACGACAAGGAGUCGGACCAAGGACGUAGACCACGCAAAGGAUACAGCGGACAAUGUUGUACACAGAGUGCUACCUACGGUGAUAAUUGACGUUGAUUUCAGAUCGCAGUGGAAAUUCCCAACUGUGCCUGGUACCUGGAGGAGACUUACGAUGAACAUCUUCGGCAACGCGCUGAAAUACACGCCAUCGGGAUACAUAAAGGUCAAGAUCUCGGCGCAUGCGAUGGCGGAUGACCUCCACACGAAGAAGGCUGGCGCGGUUGAGAGAACGAUGGUCACGUUGACGGUUACCGACUCUGGAAAGGGGAUGUCGAAGGAAUUUAUGGAGAAGAAGAUGUUCAUGCCGUUCUCGCAGGAAGACGUUACUGCCCCCGGGACAGGCUUGGGUAUGAGCAUAGUCAAACAAAUUGUGGAUCUGUCAGGCGGGGCAAUUGAUAUCAAGAGCGACCAGAAUGCCGGCACCGAAAUCACGUUGAGCCUGCCGUUGGAGAACUGUGCACCGCCCUCCAAGGACAACGUACAAAAGUCAGACUCGCUGUACACGAGGGAAGACCCUGUUGUAUCUGUUCGUCGUCGGGUGGGAGGCAGAACGAUCAGUAUCCUCGGCUUCGACGAUAUAUCUGGGAAGUCGGGACUCGAAUGCGAAGCCUUAUUUAGUCUGAAAGCAUCGAUAGCGAAAUAUGCAACCGAAUGGUUCGGGUUCACACUUGUCGAUAGCACCGGAGCAGCAGAUAUCGCUAUUUCUGAUGAGUCUGUUUACAACAAAGGAGCCGUGUCCGCAACUUCCCACCGCAUUUUACUCAUUCUCUGCAGUAACAGCGCAUACCGAGCCAUAUCCCCCUCGCUAACCCACACUGGUCAGAUCGUGGAAUUUGUCUCCAAGCCCUGCGGGCCUCACCGGCUCGCUAAGGCCUUUCUGAAUUGUCUAGACGCCGAAGAUGGAACGCCUUAUACGCCAAUGGAAGAGCGGUCAUCGAUCGAGUUCGCACCAAUAACGCUGAAUUCUAUCCACCAAAGCCCGACUUUCACAAAGACUCAAACUCCUAUCGCCGUCGAGCCCAAACCGGCUGAUACGAGACCACUGCUUACGAGACGCGUUGAGACCAGCGCGACGACGAUUGAUGCUGAGGGUGCGAAAGCGCUAGAUGGACUGGGUUUAAGGGCGAGAGGGCAGAGCUCAACGGAUAAUUUUGGGGAGAGCUCCCAGGCUACUUCUGGUGAUAACUCUGGGAACAGCUCGAAUGUCUCGGGGGAGAGCGUCGCGGAGACGGAUCAAACGACGCCGCCCAGUAGUAGUACCUCUUAUGUGGAGGAUACGAACACGCCAAUAGCGCCUCGACGGCCGGUCAUGCUGCUUGUCGAAGAUAAUCCGGUCAACAUGAUGCUACUAGCAACUUAUAUGAAGAAAAACAAAUGGGAGUUUGAGAAAGCGACGAACGGCCUUUUGGCCUUGGAAGCAUUCCGCCGUCGGUCCGGGGGUUUCGAUGUCAUAUUCAUGGACGUCUCAAUGCCAGUAAUGACAGGCUAUGAAGCAACUCGCCACAUCCGCAACCUUGAAACUGAGCGACGCCUCGCCUACGAUCAACAAUCUCCCAUGUCUUUCCCUAAAGCGACCCCAAUUUCCUCUUUCCCGUCCAACUCCUCUCCCGGAACCCCUUCCGCCACAUCUCCCAACAGCAUAUUCCCUACCUCACCGCCCUCAGCUUCAGCCUUCGACCCAAGCAUUAUCGACCGGCGAAUGGAGCUGCCGAAGAGCAAUAGCGCUACGCUGAUUAUUGCGCUGACGGGCUUUAGCAGCGAGAAGGACCAGGAGAUGGCGUUUCAAGCCGGCGUGGACAUAUUCAUGACAAAGCCUGUUCGGUUUCGGGAAGUCGGGAAGAUUUUGGAAGGGUGGAUGAAGAGUCGUGAGCAGGGUGGAGGGGAGGAGGAUCUGCUGAGCUUGCGGGAUGGGAAGAGGGAUGGCAACAGGGUUGUCAAUGAGGAUGCGAGAGGCGGGGAGAGGAAUGGGUAG